GUCUCAUUUGCUCCACACUCCACAACAGUAGGUGGCGGUAAUGCACCUUCACGCAUGUACGAAGACCCAAAUUAACGCCAUCGAAGAAGAAGAAGAAAAAUGGCAGAAAUGUUUUAGCUGGAAAUUACUGUUGUAUGUUUCUCACACAUCUUCAAAAUGGAUAAAAGGAAAAAGCAAUAUGAUGUAACAGCUGCAUCCCUGGUUGAUCUCAAAGCUGAACUCUACAGAAAGCAAGAGCAGUUCAAGCAAGAAAAAUUAGCUUCUGACGCUGGGGUUCCUGCGAAACCAAAGUCUAAAUUCAAGAAGCCGAACGUAUGGGAGAAGCAGAAUGAGGGCGUGUCGGCCCGGUCACAGAAGGAUGUAGAAGAGGCAAAAGAAGAGGAAAAUACCCUUGACAACUCGAGACGUAAGCUUGAAGAGAAAGCCAAGCUGUAUGAGCAGAUGACUAAAGGAGAUUUCCCAGAUGAGGAAUCAGACAGCCUGUACCUGGUGGAUUUCACACAGAAGAUCAUAGACCAGAAGAGGGAGCUGCAGGCCCAGAGUGAGAGACCAGGAGUAGCAAGGGAGGGUGGGGAGGGUUCUGAAGAGCUGACACCCAUCCCUCCCCCCCAGAACCCUGAUGAGGAAUGGGUGGAUUACGUGGAUGCCCUGGGACGCUCGCGUAGGUGCAUGAAGAAGGAUCUGCCACAGUUUCAGAAGAUGGACCUGGACCUUCAUGGCAAGAGGAGUGAACCCGGUGGGAAAACUCUGCUGUCGGAGGACAUGCGCAGAGAACUGCAGCGGCAGGAGUGGGAGAGGGAGGAAGAGGAGGCGAUGAAGAGGCCAGUGGGGCCACUGCACUAUGAGGACAUCCGAGACAAAGAGGCUCGGGACCUGGGCGUGGGCUACUUUGCCUUCGCUCAAGAUGAAGCGCUGCGUAAGAAGCAGCGGGACACGCUGGACAUGCUCAGAGACCAGACAACCGACCAGCGCAGCAAAAGAGACAAGCUGAAGGAGAAGAGGAAGGCCCUCCUGCAGGCCAGGCUGAACAAGGUGCGGCAGAGGAAGAUGAAGGGCGCCAAGUUGGAUGGGACAGAGGAAGAGCUGGCAGCUGAGGGGAACCAAGGGGAGGAAGAGGAGGAGGACAUGGUCGGGCCCUUGCCAGCGGCAGAAGAACCUCCUGCAGCUCCCGCUCUGAAGAAGGUGGUGGUGGAGGUCCAGGAAAGGAGGGACACAAGGCCGGGCGUACCACAUGUCCGAGAGUGGGACAGGGGCAAAGAGUUCCUUCUCGGCAAUUGGACCAGCAAGCGACGGGAUGAGCGGGAGGCGGAGUUUGCCCCUCCUUCUGCAUACUUCUCCGAUGACAGGAGGCCGAGUCACAGUCAGGGGACGGAGGGGGGCAAACACAAACUCGCCUUCCGCUGGUCGGGGGCGCAGGCCCGGGAGGGCGGGGCUACAUCCUGGCGGACCGGCUCAGAGCAGUCCCAGCAGCCAGCACAGAGUCAGCAGUCAGACCAGCCUCAGGCCGCUCCCCAGCCACACAGCCUGGACGACCUGCUGUCUUUCUACAAACACACCACCUGACUGUCACACUUCCCAGAGAAUUGUGGGAUAUUUUCUGAGAAGGCAUAGGGAGUCAGUCUGCCUCCUACACAGUAACAAAGAUGCCCUGGGACAGACAGACACAGUCCCUAUGUUAUCAGGCACCUGACCUCUGAAGCCAGUAAGGCAUUUUCCAGGGCCCAGAAUAUUAGUAAUGGUGUGGGCCAGUAUGGGACACUAGGCCAGGAGUGUGUGAUGUAGUGUUUCAAUUCAUUUCAUACUCAGGAAAGAUUUACAAAACCAUCUUUUUGAAAGAAAGGAAUUUCCUGAUUCCUGACCUGUUGGUGUUUUCAGAAGGUCUGUGUUGUGUAUUAAAUUUCAUUUUGACAAUAA